AUGUCUUCAUAUUCACCCCCUCCACUCACACCAACCAUUCGCCGCCCUACGGCCUCGCUCCAUGAUUCGGACUCGGACGGGAGCCAAGUCACGCUGCAACAACGGCCGUCUCCCUUGCCUGCGAAGUCACCAACAGCGGCUGGAGCGUCUGCGCCGCCACAGAACUACUCGCGCCCAGCCAUCGUGCGCGAUGCAACCCAGAGCCAGAGUAGCAUUGGCGCGCAGCUAGGCCACCGACCGAGACAACGAUCGCAGGGUUACUUUGAGCCAAGCCUGUCGAGCGCACGAGGAGACAGUAGUAUGCCCGCGCCAACCCAGCUUACUGCCUCACAGAUUGCAGCACAGGCAGCUUAUGCGCAAAACUCAGAGCAGAUGAGGAAGCGCUCCACGACGAUACCAGCUCCCACCGACGGUGCGCCCACGGCACGAGGUCAACCCAUGAGCCCACCCCCAAUACCCGGACAGCAGACGGUCACGUUCAGGACAAAUGGCAUGACGUAUCAGAACGGCGUCAUGGGCGGCAGACUGGCGGCGACAACGGCUGCGAAUGUCGCGUUUCCAAGGAGUCCGCUGCAUUCGCCGGGCAUAGAAGGCCUGCAGCCCGUCCCACACGCAUCUCCUAAGCCCGCGUUAACACAAGACCCGCUGCAGCUGCAAAAGCCAAAGGAGGGGAAGAGCAAGAUGAAAUUAUUCUCAUCGAAACCGAAGAAUAUCAAGGUGGAUAACAAAAUGGACGGCAAACACCAACCAUUACCAUCUCCAGGCAAGAUUGGAAUAGGUAUUCACAGCUCGCAGGCUUUGAAUCGUCUGAUGAUGAAUCCGUCGACUACGAGUUUGGUGGAUUCGGGCGUUAGCAGUAGUAGCGCUUCGCUGUACUCUUCGGCGAAUGCUUCGACUUCGACUUUGGUACCUCCCCGCGGUGAUUCAUUUUUGCCUCCGGAGAAGAAAGAAAAAGAGCAUAAGCAUCACUUUUUGUUGCGGCAGAAGAACAAGUUGAAGGAGAAAGAUGAAUUUUCGCUUCCCUUGUCUUCAGUGAACAGCAACUCGAGACCAACCGACCCGAGUGCGCCGCAACCGCUAUAUUCUUUCGCCGCGCCGUCCUCGCCAGGCCAUUCAAACACAUUCACAGGUUCAGUGACUGGCUUGGAUCUCAGACAUGGUGGUCGUCAUCUGAGACGGGCAAAGAAGGAAGAGAAGGCUGCCGCAUAUCUCGACGCACAACUCGAUCCGCCCUAUCGGGAAAGAAAUCAGUCUUUUAGCACCGAACGGUCAGAGCGGCCGUCAUUAUCAAGUAACAUAAGCUCAACGCCGAACCUCGCGACACCUGCACAGACAAUAUCACACACAACCGACAUGUUGUACCUUGGAAGCUCAUUUGGCAUCAACGGUCUGUCACCAGACGAUGCAUGGCCGUUGCUGAAAGCGCGAGUCUUGUUGAUCUUCGAAGGUGAGGACCCACGACCACCUGUUGAGGAUUUCAAUGCCCUGGUUACUGUACAUAUCAAACGAUGUGUACAUAAGCGAUCUCCGAUCAUUAUCAUCGAAGAUCUGAACGAGCUCCUCCAAACUGGUUUCGGCUCGCUCGAUCAGACGUUACGGCAUGUACCUGACGACCGUCUCAUCCCACAUUUGGUCGAGAUGUGGCUGGUUGUAUUCACCACCAUCCUUCCUUUCCUGCAGGCAGUAUUUUUACCCCUGGAUCUAGAGUUCAGGGGCUCAGGCAUUAUGACGUCUGCGCAAGCAGCAGAAUUCUGGGGCGUCAUGCUGCCCGACGAGAUGAACACCAAGAGCCCGGAGAAUAAGAACAUACCGAUCCUUGGAGAACUCGAAGUCCGUCGCAUCACCCUCCUCAUGUUCCGCGACAUCGUCAUACUGCCACGGUACGAGGCGCUGAUGGCGAUUUUCUCACGACUGAGCCUGGAGAAUCUGAACGCAGGCCUCGAGUCGCCGUCUCCAAUCCCCAAUGAAAUCCGACCCGGCACAGCAGGAAGCGCACACGAUCUACAACUAGGAAGCCUAAACUCUGCAAGUCACAGCAGUGGCGGCUACCUCGAAAGCACAACGAGCAUGACAUCCUCGACCUUCGCCUCGACGCGCUCACGAGCAACAUCAAACACGUCGGCCGGCUCCUUUUCCUCGAACCCCUCACAGUACGCGCCCGCAAACCCCCCAUCCACGAUACACCACCUCCACCCCAACACGCAUAUCCCCGCCUCCCUCCGCCAACAGCCCAUGGACUCGGCCAAAGUCACCGAAACCGUUGGACGCAUGCUGCAGUGUGUUAGUGUACUCGUCAGUCUGCAAUCGGGCGACGAGGCGCAGGAAAAAAUCGGCAGGCUCAAUAAAGAAUUGAAAUACAAUUGGCUUGGUAGGGGGCGCACAGGCCGGCAGCGACAGGGCUUUGUUGGGCCGAAGAGAGGAGGCGGGUUGAAUCUUGCUGCUGGGGGCAUCACUGUACCAGGUCUGGCGUAA